GACAGAUCCGCUUCUGCCCACUUUCGCUCUUUACCCGUGGUUCACACACACGGUCUGCUGCCCUAAUGACGUUUCUACCGUCUCCGUCUCCCUGAAACGCGUCAUCUUUUUGUCUCGCGAAGCAGCCCUUUUAUGCAGUGUGUUUCUCGCGAUUUUUGUCUGAGUAUCUGCGUCUUAGUUUAUCCGCAAAGAAGGGAUCUUUCAACACAUUUUGUACACAUCUUCCGCCUUUUUGCUACUCGAGAAAACCGAGAGAAGUCGUCGUGUGUGGCCGUGUGCGCGCGCUCUGUUGAACCGCGGACAGUAGUGUCCCGGGGACAGCAGACCCGGGGUUCGGGUGCAUCGGCGUUUUCCCAAUGUUUGCGUGCUCGUUGUCCUACACACAAGUGCUCUUUCGUGAAGUUUUCUUCCGCUUUUUUGUGUCCGAACGUGCGGCGAAGGGGGGUCGCACGCGCACGCGCCGUUUUAGACAAUCCUAGAGCCGGAGACACGAGCGGAAGACACUCACUGCAAAUACAUGUCCGUCUCGUGGCUGCGAUCUAGCCCGUCUGUCUGUCUCAUUCCAAAAGUACACAAGCGGUGCUUUUGCACAUCGCCUGGUGGCUGGCUCUGUCUCAGACGCGCCGCAAAGUGGAGCCGGAUACGGCGGACCUGGUAACUGAGUGGUUUUGACUCACACGUGUUCUGUCCUGAAGGUGACCCCGAGAUGUUUUUCGCCUUGUGUCUCGGCCGCGCUGUCGGCAGAGGCUUCCUUGGCGUUUCGCCGCCUGCAUGGCGAGGCCUUUUCGCAGGGGAAACUUUCGGUCCUUGUCUCCGGCUGACGGCCCUUCUGUGCAUUCUGACGACGGGGGUCAUAACUCUCAGCGCUGCGUUCUCAGUGCAGCGGUCCGCCGUUGUCUCGCAGACUUUUCCAGUUCCGCUGUCUGUCUCGACUGCCUCAACUCAGCCACAUGUCGCUUUUGUGCCCUCUCCAGCUUCACCCUUCUCCCUCCGGGCCUCCCUGCAAGAGUCCCCCGGUGUACUUACACCCCCGCCGCACUACGCGUCCCUGUCGAGUCCCCAGCCGCGGUCCGAGGGAGUUUCCCGACUUUUCGCCACUUCCUCAUCUACAAAUUUCUCAGAUGAACCGUUCGACGUCACAAUCAUUGGCCUGGGAGUGGGCGGCCACGCCGCCGCUCUGCAUGCCGCUGCACUCGGACUGAAGACCGCCGUCGUAAGCGGAGGUGACCCUGGCGGCACAUGCGUGAAUCGCGGAUGUGUGCCGAGCAAGGCUCUGCUUGCUGCCGCGCGAAGAGUGAAGAUGCUGCGAAAUAAACACCACCUCUCGGCCAUGGGCCUUCAGGUCGAGGGCGAAAUCAAGGUGGACCCCACCGGCGUAGGCAACCACGCCAGAGGCGUUGUGGACAAGGUCCGUUCCGGCUUGGUCAGCUCUCUGGCGUCUCACGGCAUUGCCCUCUUCGACGCGCGAGGCGUGAUGGAUGGAGAACCGGGUCGCGUUGUUCUAGAGCGAACUGCGGGGUCUCCUGCCUCUCUGCCGCCCUUUCUCCGGACCAAAAACGUUAUCCUUGCCCCCGGAUCCCUUCCGUUUAUCCCAGCAGGAGUCACGUUCGAUGAUGCGCAACACCAGGUGAUGACGAGCGACACAUGCGUCUCUCUCCCCUGGUUGCCGUCUGAGAUCUGCAUUGUCGGAAGUGGGUACAUCGGCCUCGAGUUCAUGGAUGUCUUCACCUCACUCGGUUCAGAGGUUGUGAUGGUGGAGGCGGGGCCCCGGCUUCUCCCUGGAGUGGAUAAAGAAGUGGCGAAACUUGCAGAGCGUCUCCUUCUCCAGCAGUUCAAAGAGCGACCCGUCAAGUUGUACACAAACACUCUGGCAAGCCAGGUGCGCCCUCUGGGGCCGAAGGGCGAGGCGCCAGUUGAGGUCCAAUUGACAGACGCACAGACGAAGGAAAGCAAGGGAAAGAUCUACCCAGACGCGUGCCUCAUCGCCACCGGCAGACGACCCAACACGGAGGGUCUAGGGUUAGAUUCUUUGGGCGUCACUCUCAAGCGCGGUGGCUUCAUCCCUGUAGAUGCAUGCAUGCGCGUCCUGAAGCACGCUCCUGAAGGCGACGAAAAGCCAGAGGUCAUCCGGGGAGUGUACUGCGUCGGAGAUGCCAAUGGCCAGAUGAUGUUGGCUCACGCCGCUUCGGCGCAGGCGGUUGCGGCAGUUGAGACGAUCGCGGGUCGGCCGCGAACUGUGAACGUGAAGCACAUUCCCGCGGCGUGUUUCACGUCGCCUGAAAUAGCUUUCAUAGGCGACACUGAAGAAGCGGCGAUGGAGCUAGGUGCCAAGGAUGGCUUUGAGGUCGGCAAGAGUGUGAGCCAUUUCCGCGCAAACACGAAGGCGAUCGCGGAAGGAGAAGGCGAAGGUAUAUUGAAGGUUUUGUACCGUAAAGACACGGGAAAGAUUCUCGGUUGUCACAUGAUCGGAAUCCACGCAAGUGACUUGAUCCAGGAAUGUGCAACGGCCAUAACGAACGACAUUUCAGUGAAAGACCUCGCCUUUACGGUCCACACACACCCAACUCUAAGCGAAGUAGUGGACGCAGCGUGGAAGAAAGCUGUGGGCAUGAAUGCACACUAAAGAACAGGGGUAACAGGGACUCUUAUGAAUUAUUAGGCUUUCUUGAAACCGUUUCGCUCAAUUGAACGGUCACCGAAGGUAGGAGCAGAAAAUUGACCACAUUCAAACGACCAGAUCGGCCGGAAAAGUUCACAUGACGGCAAACUUGGCUGGUCUGUGCACACAAAAUAUCUUUCCGAUGAAUACCGAGCAACGUGUGUGUCUGAUUUAUAAAUAUAUAUUUGUGGCCAACAUAUAUAUAUAUAUAUAUAUAUAUAUAUAUAUUCGGGCCUAGAGAAUAGAGGGGGCGCCAGCGUUCUGCGUCUUGGCAAUUGUAUGAAUUCUCAGGGCCUGGUGUUUCGAGCACCCGUUUGUUGAUGUUUUGUUGUAUCUACAACCGGAAGUCCGGUGAAUCGAAGGGAAACUGUGUCCCUUCACUUGAAAUCUAACUCUUUGUCCUGACAUUCUCCUGGAAAUCCAGGUCCCUUCAACCGUUCACCUCCUUUCCGCUGGUGCUGAUUUAGACUGAACGCAUGAAAACGAGAACGUAACGCAAAGUACGAGAAAAGACAAUAAUGUUGCUACCGUUUUAGAUCGUGCGGACGUUGACUGUGUGCGAUCGCGUGCACUUGAUUCUCAGGGAGAGUUGCAUUGUGGUGGAUAUUCAUGGGAAUAGCGGUUGAGUACGGGGAAGAAUAACACAUUCGGCAGGUUCCAGGGAAACCUGGACGAACUCGCGAAACUCCGGAGUCUCAAUUCUACUUCAGCGAUAUCGAUGCAAAAUCCGUUUGCUGUUACGCCCUAGAAAACGUCAUCUGGCAAUCAUGUUUCCAGCCGUUUCAAUGAAUCCACUAUCACCUGCGACGCAACAACUGACGGGCGAUUUCUUUUGAAGUUGGUUCAUUGCUCUCAACUGAAAUCUUGUCUGUCCCGUGCUGGCACCCCAGUCCCGAGAAAACAUUCGCUGGAGCGCAGAAUCUCUGGGUGCCACUCAUGCUUCAGCAGUGGUGAACACCCUUCUCUGCCGUGUCUGUUAGAAACGACGGACUCAACAUCUCAAGAAAUCCUGCGCCUACUUUCUAGACACGUACCAACACUCUGAUCUCGUACUUCACAUGAUUACCUUCGUCUGGUAUCUUGCACUGCACAAUUCCCAACGCCGUGUUCGUUUCUACUUGUCCCUCUGUGCCGCCUUUCUUCCCGGCAGUUGUGGCGCGGCCUGCAUAUCCCCCUUCUGUACAUUCAUUCCGCCUUCAGUCCGUGGGGUGUGCACGUGGAGUUAUCCGCCUUUACAAAAACGCCACGUAACCAUUUUCGUGGUCUAUGUCCUUACGAGUGUUUCCGCAGGCACGCCGAAACCACACUCCCGCUCAACCAUCUUACGGCUGGACUGCCACUACUUGUCCGCUCGGAAUUUUCAAUCGCUAACUUUCUAGCUUUCUGCGUCCCUCGCUUGUCCGCAUUUUUCCCGCCAACUUUAUGCAAACACCUGAGCCUUGCACGCUGGUUCUUUUCGCUGGCUGACAAGAGCGCUGCGUGUGUCGUAAACUCCGC